UUUGUUGACUAUAUUUGCAGGCUCCAGGUCAAGAUGAACUGGAAAAGUUAUCACAGAAUUUAUCAGCCAAUCAAAUUGAUCACAAGCUCUGGAUCGAACAACCAGAGAACUAUCCUACUUGUCUUGCGACUAAACCAUAUCCCAAGCAACAAAUUCAGUCUUUCUUUAAAAAGCUAAAAUUAUUUAAAUAACUCUUUUUACGAGUAAGAUAUUCUUCCAAACGUUAGGCACCAUACAAUCAGCAUGAGGUCUUCCACAUCUUGGAGGGGGGGACUCCCAUGUGAAAAGGUUUGGGAUGCUCGUAGAAAAGUUUGAAUUAAACCCCUUAAGAAGACCAAUCUGAGAAUGGCUCGAGCUUUAUUUGACCCCUUAAAGAUACCACUUUAAAAUGAACAUAACAGUGUUUUUGUAUAGUUGUUUGGAGUGCAACCCUAAAGGACACCUUGACAACUAAAAAUACAGUCAGUAAUUGGUCCUGAGCACCCUAAGUGAGACUAAAUCUGAGGAUUUAUACCCCUAAGCAAGAUGACAAGCAUCUCUGACCUUUUCACAAAGGAGUCAAUCUCCCGAGAACAUGUCACUCUUGCUUGAAAAAUUAACAGACACAUCUCUGUGCCAUUACAAGACUUCAUAUCUUUUGACUAUAAAACUAGUGACCUGUGUAGGUCAAGAGAACACAAAAUAUGAGCUUAUAAUUAAGUGGUAAAAACCAAAACCAAAGUAAUCACCUGAUUACUUUUGACACUUAAUUUAAAACUGAUCUAUAUCUCAAGAAUUAUGGAUUUCAAAACUUAAGCAUUAAAAAAAAACAGAACAUGAAAUGCCAGAGUGAAAAAUGGUUUGGACAUCACUGAAGAUCAAGCUACUUAAAUAUCCCGGACAAAUUGGAUCAUGUGUACUUAUGGCAUCCGUGAUCGACUUUCGAUCGAUACCCUCAAUCAAUAUCCUUAUCUAUACUCAGUUGACUCAAUCAACACUUUAUCAACAAUUGGUCAAUAGUUGGCUGAGUGUCGACCAACUCAUAUGCAUCAAUCUAAAAUUAGUCAACUGUCGACUGAGAUGUCGACAGAGUGUCAAUUGAGUGUCAAUUGAGUGUCAACCAAGGUGUCGAUGGAGUGACUUAUCACAACAAAAAUAGGGGCACUUAAAGAAUUUUAAACUAAGUACAAGUCGCUUGCUUUGAGGUAUGAUUCAGGUCAAUCAAUUCUUAAACCUAUUUAUUUCGUGUACUUUAAUUUUGAAACCUGUUAUAUGUUCAUAUUUCUACAAUCAACUCAGUUGAACUACUAAUGACUAGAUCAAUGCCACUUUAAAAAAAUAAAUAAGUAAAUAGGAAUUUGCAGAAGCACAUUCCGUGGAGAGCCUCUUCUUCCACUGCUUCAAGAUUGAAUUGGUUUUUGUGAAGGGAAGAAAACCAGGGAACACAGAGUUGCUGAAAAACUGUUGAAGCAAGGAUGAGAACCGACAACAAACUCAACUCACAUGUGACGCUGGGUCCAGGAUUGGAACCUGGGCCACAUCAGUGGGAAGCGAACGUUCUAACCACUGUGCCAUCCCCGCUCCCCAUAAAAGGAAACAAACAUGGGACACCAACCUAAAAAUUCUGAAAAGAACUUGUGAUCACCAAACUGCAAUGGUGGAUCAAACGUUUACCCCCAAAUUCGCCAAAAUUGGUGAGAAAACAUGCUUUCCUUCUCAACUUCUAGGUGACAGGAAGAUUUAGCCUGUAUCAAGAAGAUUCCGCAAAGACACCCGCAUAAAUCUGGGAGAGAUGGCAUAGAUGUAACUGUGACCCAACUUAAUUUUAAGAUUUUUUAGAUUGUACAUAUCUUUAUUUCUCAGGACCCCUAUGGAUACCGCAGUCCUUGAUGCUGAAUGGGCUACCGCGGUAAAAUAAAGUUUCUUACUUAUUUACUAAUUUAAACAUGGUUUAGUUCCAUGAAAUAUCCAUUCCUUCCCCACAGAAGGGCUUUUUUUUAAGUUUCAUACUUUUCUUUAAAUUUUUUGGUCAUAAACUUACCCUUUUCCUUGUCAUUCUAUACCCCCCACCAACUUCCUUCUCUCGUGAACUCUCUCUACAAUCCCACUUACCCCAAGAAGAGUCACAUAACAAAGUGAUGCAGGUGGAGAUGGCCAUAACAGUGGUCAUGAGAGAGUUGGACAUUGGGGCACUGGGGUUGGGAGGGGGGGUGAGUGGGAAGCUGGCAUUUCUUUACUAAUACUUAUAAAUACUCUCAUACCAUGGGCUUCUGCUCCAACUGAUGGGUAGUAAGUGCCACUGGCCAAACCCUAGGUUUCACUGAGCUGAGAGAGCAACGAAUCUAAGACUUACCCAAAGUUCCACAAAGACUUCCCACAAAGUUCUAUGCUCUGCCCCAAGGUCCAACCACUCACCCUUUUGUACACCACUUUGACGGAAAAGAUGCCCCUUUUGUAUGCCUUUACUAGAAAAAAGGUGCCCCUUUCACAUACUGUACCAUAUUGUGAAUAAAUCACCAAAAAAGGAAGUCUUCUUGUCAUUUUCAUGUAGUGCCUAAUAAAUUAAAUGAUGGCCAUGAGGUGCAUCUGUUAAAGUAACUAAAUGACAGAUUUUCCUAUAUUUUUACACACCAGCUUGUGAAAUCCCUACCCUGUUAUGUACCUGAAGCCAGAAGAGAGAACCCCCUUUGGGUGGAGGCUCCUUGUAUAGGGAAUACCCCCCGGGACUCCAGCCCUAGGCUCGCUCAACCCCUUUUAACUUCCGGUAGCCUUCGGGUGGAAAAUAGAUAGGGAGGGAAGAGAUUUUAUUCCCUGGGGAGACCUUAGCCUGACCCAUAACUGCAGAUCAACAUUGACACUGGAACCCUUGGAGGAAUCGAAAUUCUCGGAAAGCUGAAGGCAUUGUGUUACGUGCGUACAACAAAGGAUGCUGGGGCGGCAUCAUGGCGGAAGAAGAGAAGCCCGCCAUCGUAAAACGAGUGAAGAAAGAAGAGGAUGGUGGAGAUAUCAACUUGACUGACGAAGUUUUAGUUAACUUGCCGGUCAAGGAUUUAAACAGCGUUCUGCGUGGCGUCUCAGAUGACGAGGUGUACCGAAUUAAGCAGAGGAGGAGAACGUUGAAGAACCGCGGUUACGCUCAAAACAGUCGGACGAAACGUGUACGACAAAAAGAGGAUUUAGAGGUGGAGAGGCAGCAACUUCGUGAAGACUUAGAGCAGCUUUCCAGAGAGAACGAUAAUUUGAAGAGAGAGAGAGACGAAGCGAGGAAAAAAUACGAUUCGCUACAAAAGUUAUUGACUAACAGAACAAAAACGGUGGGUUUGCAGUUGAUUGGGGUCGGCAAUCGCGAGUCAUCAUCAACGGCCGAACACGAGAUUCAAGUUGACGUGGUGGGAAUCGAAGAAGAGCAAAGUAACUUCAAAGAUUCACAGGAAUCUGAUCUUUCAGACGAUUAUCGAUCGAGGUCGAGGAAAUCUUCGUUUCGUUCAGAGGACGAAGGCGACGAAUCCCGAUGAAUGAAAUACUAUCAAGUGAGAUUCAUUGCGGCGGACUUUGUUUACAAACUAGCACAUAUCGAAUGCUGACUAUACAAUUUUCGUGUUUGAACUGUACUCGUGUUUAUGAUCGUAGUAAAAGCCCCCAGAUUUUCAAGAAUGGCCUUUAUUUCGAUAGGAAGGCAAUAUUUUGGUAAUUCAGUGGAUUUUAAGCCGUAGGUAUAUGUUUUGUUCGUUUAAGCGUAAAUAUCGAUACUCUAUUCUGUAGCAUUGUGAUGUUUUAGUGUACAAAUCGGUAAAAUUCUACAAAAUAUUUUUAAAAAUGGACUCUUAGUUAAAAAGAGGCAAACUUUCGAUUUCAUAUCUCGAUUGUGUACUCAAUCGCGGUAGGAAACUUCUCAUGUACAUAUUUCUAUCUUUUACUAAAGGUGCGUGUGUUAUAACAGUCUCCGACAUUGUAUUGACACAUGCGAUCUUCAUUGAAUCAAUGAACUGUAAUUGAAUUUCAACUUGUACGAAAGCCCAAACAAGAUAUUUCUGUUUCCCUGUAGAGCAAAUUUUACUUGUUCCUCUUGGAAUGUAUUUGUCAAGGAAUAUAACCAUUAUUUUCAAUAUUUGUCAUGCUGACUUGGCAGAUUUUAAUGUAUGACUUUGUGGGUGUGGUCUCAUGUGACAUGUAAAUUAAACUAUAACUCAUCUUUUUACGACAGACUGAAGUAAAUAUGUAUAUCAACUAUAGAUUUAGUUUGAAGGACUUAAGUAAGGGGUAACCAACCUACAGAACAAUUUGAUUAGUUACUCAAAAUGUUGCUGAAUUAUAUAUCAAGCUUUUGAUUUUCUCUCCUAAACUAAAUACUUACAACUAAGAUGUCAACAUCGUCACUGGAAAUAAAUUGAAGAAACUACACCAUUUUACAGAUUGGUGACAUCAUGUAA